AUGGUUUACAUGACACUUGAGGGUGAGGCUCUACUUAUGAUCUGGAUUUGUGUUUUUCCUCCGUUUGAUCCUUUUUCUGAUAGUAAAAGUGUUGAUUUGUUUGAAAUUGAGGCCUCACCCCACCAACGUGAGAGUCCUUUGGCUGCUGAAAGCAUCAAUUCUUCACCACUUCUUAUUGGUCAAGAUGAUCAGUCAUUAAGUGUUGUUCCCUGGGAGCCAUCAAAAUUCGAAGGUUCUUUGGAUAUAGUUCCGGGACGUAUUAUGGAAGUCUCAGUUUCAGAGGCCUUUGGGGAGUUGGCUUUAAUCCUUCAAGACAAGCUUGUUACUCUACUUGAAUCAAUGUAUUUUAGUGCUCACGAGUUUAUGGUCUGUGAAGCAAAAACAACUUUUGUUGCUCUGGGCCAGCUCUUUAUUUAUUGCCGACCAUUCUGUAAGAGAGUGGAGGAAUUCAUCAGCCAUGCAUCAUCACUGGCUGAAAUUGACUUAUGCAUCCACCAUGACCACCUUUCUUGA